AGCAGAGCACAAACCAUUGACGAGAGGGUUCCACGGCAGCCGGAGUGGACCGUUCGUUUCAAAAGUGACGCGCUCGUUGGUUGCUGCACAACGCAUCGUUCCGUUCGUUCCCGUUCGUCGUUUGUGAGCUAUACGUGGAGGAAAAGGGCAGAAUUUUUUCUUCUGUUUUUUCUUUGUCGGAAGCGAAUUCGGAUUGAGUUAUUCUAUGUCCGCUUUGGACCCCAGGUUCUAAGGAGGUGUUGAAAUUGUGUAAUUGAAUUUAGCGAUUGAUUUGGGUUCGAAUUGCGCGCAAUUUUUUAAGUUCGAACCCUGUGAGUGGUGUCCAUUUUGGAGGGUGACUAGGAGCCAUAAUCGAUAAUCCACUGAAGGAGGGAUUCUUUAUGGAGUGGAGAGAAGUUUUGCAUGGUUGAGCGGAUAGAAGUGGAAGAUCUAUCCGCCAUAGGAAACUAGUGUUAGUUGAUCCGGAAUUGAUAGAGGAUACCCAGUGUUCUACCGGAAUUGCGGUGAAAACAAAAGUGCGCGCCUUGCUGAGCCUGAUAAUCGCGUUCAGUUGAGGAGUGCGAAGCGAAUAGGAAGAAGACGGCCACGACUAGAUUGCAUCAUUAAUACGUUGAAUCACACGUUUGCUAGCGUAAUUUGUGAGGCGUAGAUAAUAUCGUUAUCAUAACGGAAGAUUUGUUAGUGACGACAGAAAAGCAAACAUUCCUACAUCGGAGGGAUUUAAUCGGAGUAUGGAUUUUUAAUCGUUGGCGCGAAAACAAGUGUUAUAGAAAUCGAUGAGAGCCGAUUGCCUCGCUAUGGAUAACUUUAAUGGGGCUGCGAUUAGUUUAGUGAGUGAAUAAGUGACACUGGCUUAGUGUGUUAAGGCGGUAGUUUUAUUGUUGGUUGAAAUAGUUCAACUAUUUGUUUUUGGUGAUAUAAAUAGGCUGACAAAAUGUCGGUUCAAGCGAAGCGUCAACAUUGUUACUUGUGCGAUUUGCCCCGGAUGCCGUGGGCCAUGAUUCACGACUUCACGGAAGCCGUGUGUCGAGGAUGUGUGAACUACGAGGGAGCUGACCGGAUCGAGCUGGUUCUGGAUACGGCUCGACAGAUGAAACGAAUCCAUGCCAGUGGUGGCGGCGGUGGCGGAAGUGGCAGUGGAUCAGCUGGAGGUGGCAGCAGUGGCGGCAAACGUGGUGGUGGCCAUGAAAAUGGGGAAAUGCCACCGCAUCGGUCCGUUCCACAGGCCCACCAUCACUACUCGGUGCGUGCCGGGCCCAACGGGCCGACGCUAGUUGAUUUCACACCGAAACACGAGCCACACGACAUUAGCGGCGGUGUCCGUCCGGGGGCCCGCCUCCAGCAGCAUAUUCCGCCACAUCACAUGCCACCGCACCCCAACAGACAACAGCAGGUACCGCCGGCACUUUCGGUCAAUUUGAAACGACCACCGCCGGAGGAUGACGAGCACGGUCCAAUGGAUGGGCCGACGGGCAGUGCCAAACGUGGUGCCGAGGAUCCCUCGGUGGCCAUUCAGCAGCGACCGCCGCUGACGCGAGGCGAAUCCCUGCCGGCGGUACCGUUCGUUCCGGAUCGGCAGCCAAGCUACAAGGACAAGCACCCGGUGCGGACAGCAUCCUUCGACACAGCCACCUUCAAACCGACCGCUACUGACCUCAAACGGUGGAUAUUACCUAAUGUAGCACCGAACGACUAUGUUGCAACAAUGAAUUCAG